AUGGCCUCCGCGCAGGUUUUCCUCUGCCUCGUCGCCGUCGUGCUUGCUGCGGCGGCAACAGCCGUCCCAGCUCACCAUCAGCAUUCGCAAUGCCUCCUCAACCCGCCAGACCAGCUGUCUCUGCGUGCCGGCGAGUCAGGCGAGGUCGUCGCCGACCUACCAGGGGGCUUCAGAGCCUACGUCACAGGCACGGCCGAGUCCGGCCGCGCCGUCGUUCUCGCCUCUGACGCCUUCGGGUUCGAGGGGCCUAUACUCAGGUCCCAUACUUCGCCAAGAUCUUUCCUGGAGUUGGACAUGGAUUUGCUUGCAGAUAAGAUAUUCCGCCCCAACUGUGUCUACGUCAGGCGCUUCCCAAGGGUGCAUCGCACGGCGACGGCUGCUCCGGCCCAACUGAACGCGGCAGCCACCUUCGUCAACAGCGUCACGCUUCAGACCGCCGAGCCGCUGCUGCAGGAACCACCACAACUGACAGUGCGGGCUAAGCGUGGAAGGAAGCACGCCUUCACUCCAAUGCGCAAGAGCGUACGCAUUGCUGCGGCGUCUUGGCCACGGGGAGAUGCACAGGCUAAGGCGCGCCAAGUGCUCAUGAAGAAGCUCGGCUUCAAGGAAGAUGAGGCCCGCUCGGAGGAUGAUGCGAUGCUUGACUACUUCAGGCUGUUCGGUGGCCCUCUCUCAGACUUGUCGAUCAAGGCGCUGACAGCGCUUUGCGGCCUCGACGGAGACACUGGCCUCAAUGAUGUGGUGAGGCAAGAUGCAGUAAACUUACUAGUAAAAGACACGGCUGCCACCAUCGUCUGCUUCCAAGAGACGAAACUGCAGAACGUGGACCAGGCUGUUGUGCGACGCUUGGUGGGUGCAAAAUUCACAAACAAUUUUGUCGUCCUGCCGGUAAAUGAGGAUUUCUGCGACCUCUCCAGCCAGCAGUUGUCCACAAACGCUGUAACGGCAACCUGCACGAUGAGAGCAGAUGGGACCUCAUGGCAGAUAACAGUGGUCUAUGGACCACAAGGGGACACCGAAAAGCUCCAGUUCCUACAAGAGCUCAAAGCUAUCCCCAGGCCAGCACACGGGAGGUGGCUAAUCCUAGGUGACUUCAAUCUCAUCUACCAGGCGGAAGACAAGAACAAUUCAAAUUUAAACCGUCGUCUCAUGGGGGCCUUCAAAGCGGUAAUUGAUGAGCUGAAUCUAAAGGAGCUAAGGCUCAAUGGCCGGCGUUUCACCUGGAGCAAUGAAUAG